AUGUGAUGUUGUCAAAACACCCAGACGAUAUAUUUUUUUAAAUCCUGUUGUCCUACGUGGCUAUAAAUUCGUUGAAGAUUCUGCAUCUUCACAAAAAUAUUGAUUUGUUCUCAUAUUCGUCUGGCGGCGCUUUUACAUUGAGGUUAGUUUUCAGUUUAGCCGUGCACAACAAAGCUGACGUCACCAAUUAAAUAUAUUUAUGCAAUUCCAAAAAAAUGAGAAUCCAGCAAGAGGACACUCCGCCGUCUUCAAUAAACGGCGACGAAAUUACCGGCAUGGAGGACGAAGGCGUCAUAUAUCUCGAAGAAAUGGAGGAGAUACCGUUUGACGAAGACAUGGAAGAUAUAGACGACCAGGAGGAAGAGGACGCUGAGAUGGAACCUCCUGAAGACCACUCUAAACUGGUAUUCAGUAAGCAUGUCGGCUCAGUCUUUUGCUGCGAUUUGCAUCCAAAUGGAGUACUUGCUGUCACUGGUGGAGAAGACGACAAAGCAUAUGUUUGGUCUGUAGAAUCAGGUCAGGUUGUGAUGGACUGUGUUGGCCAUAAGGAUUCUGUUGUUUUUGUUGGAUUCAGCUUUGAUGGAGCUUAUGUAGCCACCGCAGACAUGUGUGGUCUAAUCAAAGUGUGGAAAUGUAAUUUGGAAGGAAACCAACAAGAACCUUGGCCUGUAGCAUUUGAACUAGAAAUUGAUGACUUGACUUGGGGUCAAUGGCAUUUUGGAGCCAGAGUACUUAUAUGUGGGACAGUUAAUGGAGACAUUUAUGUGCUCAAGAUACCUUCGGGGGACACUAAAGUUUUACAAGGUCAUAAUUUGAGAGUUGAAUGUGCUAAGCUAUUCCAGGAUGGUGUACGUCUUGCAGCAGGGUAUGAAGAUGGUACAUUAAAAAUUUGGGAUUUAAAGACAAGUUCUGUCUUGCACACUGUACCAGCAAAUGUCCACCAAAUCAGGAUCACCGACAUCGACACACACCCUGAGAAUAACCUCAUGGCUUCUAUCUCUACAGAUGGUAAAGUGAUUCUGACAACAUCAACCAACGGAAAAGUUGUAGUACAAAUGAACACAGAAGUGGAACUAGAAACUGUAGCUUUUUCAAAAGAUCCUCAAAUGGGUUAUCUUGCAAUAGGUACUCUAAUUGGUGCAGUAAGUAUCUGGGAUCCAACUACACAAAUAAUACGACAUGAAUGCGCUAAAUCAGACGACGAUACUGCUGCCGGAGUCAUUAAGAUGUUUUGGGUUAAAAACCACCUCGUCACCGGAUGUCUUGAUGGCUCUAUACGCGUCUACGAGGGCAGGUCGGGACAGGGCGUACUCACACUCACGGGACACACUUCAGAAAUACUAGACAUAUGCUACAAUGAAAAACAAAGCCUAAUACUAACCACCUCAGAUGAUGGUACUGCUAGAAUAUUUAAAUACGAAGUAAAUACAGAAAAAGAUUAAUUUUUUACACUGGUUUUAUUGUAAACCCUGUGAGCUUAUAAAAUCUAUUUAUUCAAC